AUGAACACGGUCCUCUUGAUUGCGACUUCUCUGUUGCGGGCUGCUGCCGCCAUGAAGGUGGUGCAGGACGCGGUGCAGCGGCCUCCACCGCCGACUCCAGUUCCGACGCCUCUCCCGACGACGGAGCCGCCGACACCAGCCCCGACGACCUUGGACCUGCUCCCGGGAGUCGCUUGCCCGUGUUUGCCGCCGACGUGUUUUGCAGCAUACGACCUCAAUAAUGACUCCUGCCUCAGCCAAGACGAGUGCGACCUGCAGGUUACGCUGCUGGGGAAUUGCACUGGGGUAGCGACUUACGGGCCAGCGGUGUGGGAUUCAGACGAAGACGGCUGCAUCAACUACACUGAGUGGCAGGACAUCUUUGCGGCUACGAACGGGUCCGUCUGCCCAGUCGAGGUCCCAGAGAUACCCGAUGAGUGCGAUCCUGGCUAUUAUCUUGUCGCCAAUCCUACGGAGUGCCAAGAAUGCAUUGGUGGCGAAGUGCGCAGGCGCCGCGCUCUCGAGUGCACGCCGUGCCCGGCAGGCUUCGUGGACUUGAACUGCGGGGACGACUGCGUUGACAUGUCUGCCACCCUCGUUGCCCCCACUCGGAUUGCGCAAGAAAUACUGACAACAAUACUUGCAACAUUCCUGUCUUACCUGGGACCCCCGGCUUCUGCGACGAGUACGCGGUCGGCGACAACGUCACGAUCCGAGGAACGGACCCAGAUUGCGUGA